GGUUUUUAUUUCUAACAAAAAAAACUUCAAACUUUUCGUAAACGAAUUAAGAAAAAAUGUCUGGUCGUGGUGAAGGUCAACGUGGGCGAGGUCGCGGUGGAUAUGGUGGUGGUGGCGGCGGUGGCCGAGGUGGAUAUGGUGGCGGUGGUGGCCGAGGUGGAAGCGGUCAAGGUGGUGGCCGAGGUGGAUAUGGUGGCGGUGGUGGCCGAGGUGGAUUUGGCGGUCAAGGUGGUGACCGAGGCCAUGGUGGUGGAUUUAACCGUGGUCGCGGUGAUGGUGGUGGAUUUAAUCGUGGUCGUGGCCGUGGUGGUGGUGGUGGAUUUUCAUCCGGUCCAUCAGGUCCUGUUGUUAUUCCUGAAGGUGAAUCCUAUGCUAUUGUUCGUAAAAGUCAGAUGCCAAAAUCUGAUUUUGGUACCGAAAUCGAAUUAUUAUCAAAUUUUUAUAAAAUUUGUGUCAAAGUUAAAACCGUUUAUCAUUAUGAUAUUGAUAUCAAAGAAAAAGCUGAUGUUAACAAACCAGCACGUGAACAGAAUGAAAAAUUUUUAAAAAAACAUGCACGAACAUUAUUACCAAAAUGGGUGGAAAAAAAUCCAACAAUAUUUCGUAAUGUUAGCUAUGUUUAUGAUGGAUGGAAAAAUCUUUAUACUGUUAAAGAAUUAGAUCUAAAUAAUGGUUUCGUUCAAGAAUUUGUUCAUGAAAUUGAUUGUAAAAAUCGUACAUUUGAAAUUAAAAUCAAAAUGGCUGAUAAAAUAUCCUUACAACCAUUACAGGAUUAUUAUUCAAAAAAAACAUCAGUUAUUGAACCGAAAAUAUUUUCCGUAUUGGAUGUUAUUUUUAAUAAUGUUUGUGAAAUAUCAUUCGAAUAUUAUCAACGAAAAUUUUUCAAUGCUAAUGAUGUAAGUGAUUGUCGUAAUCGUGAUUGGUGUCAAUUUGCACCCGGAUUUGCAAAUUCAAUUCGUAUGACUGAAUUUGGACCUGCUAUGAAUAUUCACUUGAAAACAGCAUGUUUAAUAUCAAAAACAUUGAAUCGUGUUGAUGAAUUAGUAUCAUCAUUUUGUCGUCAAUCACCUGAUCGUUUACGUGAUCAUGAUCUACGUAAUCUGAAUAAAUUUUGUCGUCACAUGAAAAUUUUCACCAAUCAUUGUGGUAAACGAACAUUUUUGAUUGAACGUUUUGUUAAUGUAACACCAUAUGAUCAGAAAAUUGAUCAGAAAAAAGGAACUAUUGCAUCAUAUUUCAAGGAAACAUAUAAAUUUACAGUGAAGAAUUAUCCAUUGAUCAAAACAACUGGUAAAAUUGCAAAAUAUCUUCCAAUGGAAUUAUGUUAUUUGGUGGAUAAACAAUUUUUGGCUAAUUCCAAAAUUGAUGAUAAAAUACAACAAGAUUUACUUUAUGCAUCCACUAAUAAUCCGGAUGUUUAUUUUAAAAAAACAACCAAUUAUACAACCAAAAUUAAAGAAGAUGGUCAACGUUUGUUUCAAGAUUUUGGUUUGGAUUUAAUGAUGAAACCGGCCAAAUUAAUUGGUCGUGUAUUACCAGCACCGAAACAAUUGAAUCAAUCACAAAAUCAACCAUAUUGUCGUACACCACAAAAAGAAUUAAAAUGGGUAUUGUUUUCAUUGGAUUCAUCAAUACCGAAAGGUGCUUUAGAAGAAUUGGCCAAUCAAAUUAUACAAACUGGUCAACAAGUUGGUAUGCGAUUUCAACGACAAACAUCGAAUAUCUUUGUACAAGGACAAAUUGAAAAUCAUCAACAUGUUGUAUCGGUUAUGAAAAAUAUUAAUAAAGCUUUCAACAAACCGGAUUCACCAUUAGAUGUUGCAUUUAUUAUUAUACCGACUGGUGAUAGAAAUCAACGAAUACCAUCGGUCGAUAUUUAUAAUUUGGUAAAAGCAUUUAGUGAACGUGCUGCAUCCGAUGCUGAAAAUAAAGGUGGAUUUGGUUUCGUUACACAAUGCAUGAAAAGCAAUAAUGUUUUUAAUGGACGACCAAAAGGUGGAUAUUUGCAGAAUUUAUUGCUUAAAGUUAAUGGAAAAGUUGGCGGUGUCAAUAGUAUUGUUGAUCCGAAAGAAUUUUUGGCAAAACAAAUGAAAUUUGAUCCGGCCAGUACUAUGGUUGUUGGUAUUGAUGUUAAUCAUCCAAGUGUUGAUGAACAAAGUUGUUCAUCAGUUGCUGCGGCUGUUGGUAGUUUGGAUAGAGAAUUUUCACGAUAUACAGCCAGUUUAACUGUACAGCCAAAAGAUCGUGAUGAAAUUAUUACACGAUUGAAUAUAAUGAUUGAUGAAUUAUUGAUGGUUUAUCAUCAAAAGAAUGGUAAAUAUCCGGAAACAUUGAUAAUAUUUCGUGAUGGUGUUAGUGAAGGACAAUUUGAUAAAAUCAAAGAUAAAGAAUUACCAUUGAUUGUAAAAGCAGCUAAAGAACGUAAUCCAAAAGUAAAAAUUGUAUUGUUUAUUGUACAAAAACGUCAUCAUACACGUUUUAUUAGUACACAAGGUGGACAUGGACCAAAACGAUCAAGCCAUAAUGUACCAUCAGGUACUGUUGUGGAUAAUUCUAUUGUUGAUCCAAAAUAUGAUUCAUUCUAUGUUAAUUCACAUUUUUCACCAUUGGGAACAUCAAAACCAACAAAAUAUGUCAUCAUACGUGAUGAUUUAAAAUUGCAACCAAGCCAAUUGCAACAAUUAUGUUUUUUUAUGUGUUUUAAUUGUGUACGUUUUCGUGGUGUUAUUGCUAUACCUACACCGAUUCGUUAUGCUGAUCUAUGUGCUUAUCGUUCCAAAUUACAUAUUGAAGGACAAUGCAAAUUAAGCCAAAUUAAUCCAAAAGAUGCUGAAGAACGAAUCAUUUCACAGCUUAAUCAAUGGGUUAAAAUUGAUAAAAAAGUACAGAAUCUUCUUUAUUAUUGCUAGAAGAAAACGACAACGACGACGACUGUAUUUGUCGAAUUGAAUUUUAUUCACAC